AUGACUGGGAGAGCCAGAGCAAGAGCGAGAGGAAGGGCCCGGGGUCAGGAGACGGUGCAACACGUGGGUGCCGCUGCUAGUCAGCAACCUGGUUGUAUUCAGCCUAGACCUCAGCAGCCACCGGCAGAGGGGGAGUUAGUUGGCCGUGGACGGCAGAGAGGAGGAACAGUAGGAGCAACAGCCAAGUCACAAGAACUCCAGAUAUCUGCUGGAUUUCAGGAGUUAUCAUUAGCAGAGAGAGGAGGUCGUCGUAGAGAUUUUCACGAUCUCGGUGUGAAUACAAGACAGAACCUAGACCAUGUUAAAGAAUCAAAAACAGGUUCUUCGGGAAUUACAGUAAGGUUAAGCACUAACCAUUUCCGGUUGACAUCGCGUCCCCAGUGGGCCUUGUAUCAGUACCACAUUGACUAUAACCCACUGAUGGAAGCCAGAAGACUCCGUUCAGCUCUUCUUUUUCAACACGAAGAUCUAAUUGGAAGGUGUCAUGCUUUUGAUGGAACAAUAUUAUUUUUACCUAAAAGACUACAGCAAAAGGUUACGGAAGUUUUUAGUCAGACCCGCAAUGGAGAGCACGUGAGGAUAACGAUCACUUUAACAAACGAACUUCCACCCACAUCGCCAACUUGUUUGCAGUUCUAUAAUAUUAUUUUUAGGAGGCUUUUGAAAAUCAUGAAUUUGCAACAAAUUGGACGGAAUUAUUAUAACCCAAGUGACCCAAUUGAUAUUCCAAAUCAUAGGUUGGUGAUUUGGCCUGGCUUCACUACUUCCAUUCUUCAGUAUGAAAACAACAUCAUGCUUUGCACUGAUGUUAGUCAUAAAGUCCUUCGAAGUGAGACUGUUCUAGAUUUCAUGCUCAACUUUUAUCAUCAAACUGAAGAACAUAAAUUUCAAGAACAAGUUUCUAAAGAACUAAUAGGUUUAAUUGUUCUUACCAAGUAUAACAAUAAGACAUACAGAGUGGACGACAUUGACUGGGACCAGAACCCAAAGAGCACCUUUAAGAAAGCUGACGGCACUGAUGUCAGCUUCUUGGAGUACUACAGGAAGCAAUACAACCAAGAGAUCACCGACUUGAAGCAGCCGGUCUUGGUCAGCCAGCCCAAGAGGAGGAGGGGGCCUGGGGGCACAUUGCCGGGGCCUGCGAUGCUCAUUCCCGAGCUCUGCUACCUGACAGGUCUAACUGAUAAAAUGCGUAAUGACUUUAAUGUGAUGAAAGACUUAGCUGUUCAUACAAGACUAACUCCGGAACAAAGGCAGCGUGAAGUAGGAAGACUCAUUGACUACAUUCAUAAAGAUGAUAAUGUUCAAAGGGAGCUUCGAGACUGGGGUUUGAGCUUUGACUCCAACUUACUGUCCUUCUCAGGAAGGAUUUUGCAAGCAGAAAAGAUUCACCAAGGUGGAAAAACAUUUGAUUACAAUCCACAGUUUGCAGAUUGGUCAAAAGAAACAAGAGGUGCACCGUUAAUUAGUGUUAAGCCACUAGAUAACUGGCUAUUGAUCUAUACUCGAAGAAAUUAUGAAGCAGCCAAUUCAUUGAUACAAAAUCUGUUUAAAGUUACACCAGCCAUGGGCAUACAAAUGAAAAAAGCAAUAAUGAUCGAAGUGGAUGACAGAACUGAAGCCUAUUUAAGAGUCUUACAGCAAAAGGUUACAUCAGAUACCCAGAUGGUUGUCUGUCUAUUGUCAAAUAAUCGGAAGGACAAAUACGAUGCUAUUAAAAAAUACUUAUGUACAGAUUGCCCUACCCCAAGCCAGUGUGUGGUGGCCCGAACCUUAGGCAAGCAGCAAACGGUCAUGGCCAUUGCUACAAAGAUUGCCCUGCAGAUGAACUGCAAGAUGGGAGGAGAGCUCUGGAGGGUCGACAUGCCUCUGAAGCUGGCGAUGAUAGUUGGCAUUGAUUGUUACCACGACACCACCGCUGGACGGAGGUCAAUUGCAGGAUUUGUUGCCAGCAUCAAUGAAGGAAUGACCCGCUGGUUCUCGCGAUGCGUAUUUCAAGAUCGAGGACAAGAGCUGGUGGAUGGGCUCAAAGUCUGCUUGCAAGCUGCUCUGAGGGCUUGGAAUAGCUGCAAUGAAUACAUGCCUAGUCGAAUUUUUGUGUAUCGGGAUGGUGUAGGAGAUGGUCAGCUUAAAACACUGGUUAACUACGAAGUACCACAGUUUUUGGAUUGCCUAAAAUCUGUUGGUAGGGGUUACAAGUAUGAUUUUUUCAUCGUGAGCCAGGCUGUGAGAAGUGGUAGUGUUUCUCCGACACACUAUAACGUCAUCUAUGACAGCAGCGGCCUGAAGCCAGACCACAUACAGCGGCUGACUUACAAGCUCUGUCACGUGUAUUAUAACUGGCCAGGUGUCAUUCGUGUUCCUGCUCCUUGCCAGUACGCCCACAAACUGGCUUUCCUUGUUGGCCAGAGUAUUCACAGAGAACCAAAUCUGUCACUGUCAAAUCGUCUUUACUACCUCUAA